AUGGCAUUUGGUGGAUAUGAUGAGUUUGCUGGCUGGGCACCCUCUGCAGAAGAAUUUCAAAAAUUUGCCGGCCUCCGCUUGACACACUCGUCGCUGCGGAAGUUGGGCACAAAGGGCAUGGGAGGACGCUGGAAACUAGGUCGUCUCCAGAACUGUCUUGGGAUGUCUGUGCAGAGGUUGGAUUGCUCCUUCCUUCUAGCUUCGGAAGCGGUGGUGCUUCACCAGGAUGUUCGUCGUUUGGUUCUGAUGGUGCGGUUCCGGGCUUGCAGUCACACCCUCGAGGUAAGAACGGGUUUGCUCGGCAUUUAUCACUUGGAAGACUCUACCAGCACAUCAUUAGUAUCUGCCUGUGAGCAGAUUUUGUGGGGUUUUGUCGAGGAAGAUGCAGACAAGUAUGAGAAGCUCAGGCAAAAGGUGAUCCUGUUGAACAUGGACGCAGCCGCUGAUGAGCAGCUUGCUGGUCGUUUGAUGAAGAUGAGUGAGGGGCUGUAUCCAAACGCCAAAGCUGUAACGCGAGACAGGUGCCAUGCUGCCAGGAGAAUUUUGCAGCGGCCUUUCAAGGCUGUGCCUGAGAUUUGGCAAACUUUCAGUGAUUUGGUUUGGGGCUCAACAUCAAUGCCGAAUACAAUCCAAAGCAGUGAUGUGCUGAGAAAAGUGUUCAACCAACACAUCUGUGCAACUGAAUCCACGGUGCAGGGUGCUCGAAUCAAGUCCUUAUCCCUAAGAAAACAGAGAUUUGAUUCACACCAGAAGGCUACAGGCAGGCUUUGCCUCUGGAUGCAUGCGACAGUCAUGACUGCGAUCUACGCUGCUACUUUCAGGAAGAAUGACCGUGAUGGGGAGCGGGCGCUGCAGUUCCUUCGCGGCGUCUCGGAGGAGAAGAUGGUCCUUCUCGCCAUGCUGGCAGACUUUAGUGAUGAAGCCACCUCAGCCAUUCGCGUCAUGGACUCAGAGGACAGUGACACUGCAAGCCAUGUGAUGGAGCUAGAUGUUUUUUGCAGCCGGGUGAAACAUCUUUUCAUUGACCAGAACGCUUCACAUUCUGGCUACACCAAGUUCGUCAUUGAUCAACUACAGAAGCGGAUUGCCUUUACAGUGGAUGGACAACCCAAAGCCCUGGGCGGUCCCAGCAGAGUCACGCCACACAUGAUCGCAAGAUGCUUUCAGUCCAUGAAAACUUUGGUGGCCCUUUGCACUGAAGUAAUCGCUGCAGAAUACCCUACAUUCGAGCUGCUCUCGUCACUACACAUUUUCGAUGUGUCGGAGGUGGCCCGCAAGAAUCGGCACGAAUCUGCAGACAACAUCAGCUCAGUUCACACUGCCGCGGACCGGUUGUGCAAGAUCUUUGAUGCUUCCUUGGAAGAUUUCUUGUCGCAGUAUUGGGAUAUCAAGCCCAUUGCCUGCCACCACAACUCGUCAAUGAGUUGCAGCAGCUUCCAAUCAUGGAAAUUUGCGCUGGACAAAAUCAGUGCUCGCAAGUCCACUAGGCUGCAGCAUCCUUCUGAAGAUUUACGCUGGAUUUUGAUUCAUUUUGGAGCUCUGGAUGGUGCAACAACUUCUGGUGUAGAGCAACACUUCUCCAGAAUGACCCGCAUUAUCCCUGAGGAAAGGCUGCUGCUGUCUGAGGAGAAUCAGAACUUGGAGCUGAAGUUCAUGUUUGAUUUUGGCAACCGGUCGCGCAGUGAAUGCAUCGCGCUGGCCCAAAAGGUUUGGUUGGAAUGGUAUGGUGCGCCCAGAGACUUCAGUCAGACCAUCAGACUUGACACUGGCAAGAAACGGGUUAUGAAGGAAGGGUCAGAGAAUUUGUUCAUUGCAAAAAGACGUCGUUGUGCAGAUGAGACUGUGCAGUAUUUGACUUGUGAGCAAGUGCGUACUGCGGCCUCUGUCCAUGUUCCAGAUGACUGCGAGAAGGUCAACAAAGAGUUGCAUUUUCAGUCGAACAAGCAGUACAAGAAUCAAAUCCAGAGUUAUCUUUGGGGACACCUCACAGCGGCGGAAGUUCCAGAAGGUCUUGUUGAUGUUGCUGAACAAUUUUCAGCGGCUCAGGACAAACAGCACAUAGACAGAGUCAAAGAUGCGUCCAAGAAGCAGGCCCUGAUGGCUCCAGUGCCACCGCGUUUUCACCGCGCCAAUCAGUGGAUCUUUCUCGAAGACGCAGAAUGGAGCCAAAAACGUGAGUUUCAAGGAUGCAAAUUGACUGAUGAUCUUUUACUCCCUUUGUUUUAUGUGGUGUCUGACCCAAGCAAGCCACCGCAGUCAGUGCUUUGGGCAGCGACGGUACGAGGAGGAUGCGUGCUAGAUCUCGAAUGCAUGCUCAACAUCAUUGCAGAUCGCCCUUACAAUCGCAACAAAGGCACUGCCUAUUUGUAUGAUGCUGCCUACUCUAUCAAGCGACAGAUCUUUGUUUGCCCCAGAUUUGCAACGUCAAAGCCGGAAGUGAGUCAGAUCCUGAGCCUGUGUAUGCAACAGGCCAGCUCAAAGUGGAAAAGCAUUGAGUCUUGGGAAGACUUUGCUGAGAAAACAGCUAGAACAAAAAGCAAGUGGCAAGUACUGGCACUGACUGUUCCACCGGUGGUUGCUGCGCUGGGCCUGGACAACGCAAUGUCCAGCAAAGAUUUCAUCAACUUUGUGAGGAAGGUCCACUGUUGCAGCCGAAAUGCUUGCGGGCUGUAG